UAUUCACAUAGGUAUUACAUGUUUAUCAUAUUAUUUGGAAAUGGCGCUUAGGUGAAUUAACCUAACAUUCUCUGUUUGAUUAUGAAACAAAUUUAUUUUCUAAUAAAGAAUUCCAACAUUUAUUCAGUUAUCAUUAAAUAAUUUAAAAAAUUGUAAUAUAAUAUAAUAAGUAACUUAGUAAGUUAUAAGUCUAAUAAUUUAUUACCAAAAGUUACAUGAAAUUGCGCGUGAGUUAAAUAGGCACUUCAAUCGCAGUAACAAUAUGUUGUAAUUUGAAAAACAACAAUCAUUGCUCACUUCAUUUUACAGAAUUGUAUCCAUGAUAAUUGGCAAACCAAAAAUGCAUUAAUACAUGAAUUGAUACAUGCAGGAUUAAAAUAAUUUUGAAAGUAUGCGAAAAUAUUACCAAGCAGCACUUGCAAUUAUUGCAAUAGUGAGUCUUGUGUCUUUAUUGAUUUAUAGACAUGAGUACAAUAAGUUAAGAUAUGUAUUAGAAGUGUUUAAUUACUUUGGUAAGCCAAAUCAAAAAAAUAUUGAAACAAACUGUACAAAUAAUGUGCCAGUAUUCAGUAAAUUUAAUAUGAAAUUCGAUGAACCUCUUCCAUCAUGGCAGAAAUUAGAGCAUGAUUUAUACAUUUAUUCCGCAUACAACAUGCAUAAUAAAGAAGUUCUCGUAAUAGGUUUUGGUUUACUAAGUAAUAUUCAUAAUAUGCAAUGUAUAAUAUAUUUUGAUAAUGAACUGAAGCCAAUUCUAGGCAGUUUUAGAUAUACUCCAAUUCAUAAUAAUUUAAGUAGCACAAAAACCCAUAAAAGUUCAGAUUACAAUGGGUAUUAUUUUUAUUGUACAUACAAUAAAAAUAAAAUUCCAGUAGGAAUAACUUUUCUCACAAAAUCCAAUAUAAAUCUUAAUGAUGCACCUAUAUUAGCUAUUAAGUCUCUACUUCAUAAUUCAAAUUAUACCAAUAUUGGAGUAUGUGUAACACCACCAUUAACAAAACCAAUGCAUUUAUCAGAAAUGAUUGCUUUUAUCAAUUUUCAUGAUAUAAUUGGUAUGGAUAAUUUUAUAGUAUAUGAUUUCGGUAUUUCAAAUUAUUUCAAUGAUGAGCUUAAAGAAUUAUCUAAGUCUGAAAAUCCAUAUUGGAAAUUUACAUAUACAGUUGUAUCAUGGAACUUCCCUUUUUCUGGAAUUCACCCAAAUGUGAUAAAAGAUCUCAUACAGGCAGACUGUUUAUAUCGUACAUACAACAAAGUUAUGUACACGAUUACAUUAUCAUGGGAGGAAUAUAUUGUUUUAAAAUAUCAUCAUUCUCUUGUUGAUUUAUUAUCAGAUUUUAAACAAGCUAGAAUGAAAGCUGAUCGUUACAGUAUAAAAUCGUUGACUUUUUGCGAGCAACAAACUAAUAACGCCCUGGCUAAAAAUGCACUAUUUAAAAUAUUUAAAAAAACUGAAUUUGAUUCAAGCAUCAUUGAUAGUCGACCUAUAUAUAUAUACAGUACACGUGAAAUAUUAAAAAAAGACAAUAUUUAUAUCCGAAAAAUUAGCGAAGAUCUGGUCACGUUAAAUCGUUAUAAGUAUUGUUUUGAAAAUUCAAAAUCUGAUACACGCAAAGAAGAUACUUCAAUUCUGAGAUUUAAAGAAGACAUACAAAAUUCAUUAAUAUACAGAAAAUUUAUAACAGAGAAAAGAUUUUUAACAAAUUCAUGAUAAUAAAUAAUUAUUCUAUAGAUUCAAUUUGAAAUUACCUACAUAAUGACAGUAUAUAAUUUUAGCCCGAAAGUCUGAUCUAUUUAUAUGUAUUAUAUAAGUAUAUGAAUGUAUAUUUUAAAAUAUUGUACAAAAUGUUAAAACACAAAAUAUAUGUUUUAAUAACGUCAUAAUUCGUAUAUAAAUGUAAAUAUUUUAUAAGCUCUUAUAACAGCUUUUGAGUAUAUCCAUUUAAAAUUUUGAUAUUUUUCCUUGUUUCAAGGAUUUUAUUUCCAAAACUACAUUUUUUAGUUGUAUUUUAGUAAUUACACUCAUAUAAAAAAACCAACAUAUUACAUCGAUAAUUUUAUUAUAGAUUUUACAAAAGUGCGGUAGCUUUAUUAUAUGUUUCCUAAUUAACAAUUUAUUAUGAAUAGUCAGACUAAUAAUAUGCUUUCUGCGUUACAUCAACAAAAUUAAUAUCAUGUGUUAAGAACUAAAUUCAAAAUAAAUAUUGAAAUUAUAGAGCAUGUUGUAUUUAUCCCUAAAAAAGGUAAUAAAUUGUUAUUUUUAAGUAUAUUAAUGUAUAUUUAAGAAUGAUCAAAUUGAUACAUCAUUUAAACUUCCAUAACUAAGGAUCUAGAAAAAGUGUUCAUUUCAGUCGUUGAAUUAUUGCUGUGUUUUGUAUACCAGCUUCUUCAAUUGUUUUAUCUUCAUUAAGUUCCUUAGUGGGAUAUGUUGUUAAUAAACUGAAUUCCCUCAUAGCAUACUGAGGUCUCAUACUAAAAUAUAACUGGUUAAGGAAUAAUUUGUAUACUUAUAAAAAUAAAAUUAAGGAUAUAAUAAGAAUACCUAAUUAUUAAAGGAUACGUUACUAUAUACUGCCUCAAGUCAUUAAUUGUGUGUGUUAAAUUAAAUUGAGCUUUAACAUUAGUACCAUCAGCAAGACGAAUUUGCAAAGUUGUAAUAGGUUUUGAUUCAUCUAAAUUUAAUUGUUUCUUUGCUUCUGAUUCAUUUGCUGCUUGAUCUGCUAGAUCUGUUGGUAUUGUCAUGCCAACAGUUGCUGGAGAAGGACUGAAUAGAGAGAUUAUUAAAAAUAUAUGAAGUGUAUGUAAAAAAUAUUUAUUAUACAAGAUGUGAUAUACCUUCCUAACAUAUGUCCCUUUCCAGCAAAAGCCUUUACUUUGACCUUUUGAGGAAGAUAAAUUUCAUGACGGCGGUCCUCCAUAUCGAUCCACGCUUCAGUACUUCUUACAAUUUCUUGACGUAUUUCUGGUGGUAUUUCACCUCUUUUAAUGGUAUCAAGAAAUUUCCUAUUUUCUGGAUCAUUAUAAGACCGAAGAUCAGAAUCAUUUACAGUAAAUCCAUUUUUCCAUAACUUUAAAGUAAUAGGUCCAGAAUUAGGUUGUGAAUUACUAGAGGAUGAAGCAGUAACAACUAAAUAAAAAGAAAUAGAGUCUUUAGUAUAAUUAUUAAAGUACUUUCUAAGAAUGAGGAAUACUCAUAAUGUACCUUCAGUAUCAGAAUUUGUUUGACCUAAUUUAUAUCCCGUACCACUGAAUGUAUUUGGUCUUUGCUGUGGUUUAGGUUUUGCCUCAACAGAAUGUCCUUGGCAAGAUUUAAACAUAUCACUAAUAAUAUCUUUUUUCUUUGCUGGCCCUAAAACUUGUUGUCCACUGUUUUCAAAACCGCCAGCAUAAAAUGUCUGCACGUCUUCAUCUUCAGGGCUGCUUUCUUUGUCUUUGAGAUCAGUAAGCGUUGCAAAUCUAGAUUUUGCUUUUGAUUUUCCUUGUGCUGAUUGUCCUUCCAUUUCAGAGGGUUUUGCACUUUCUACAACUUUGUCUGAAGUCUCUCUAUAAUCUUCAGCACGUUCAUUAAUUAAUGCAGUAGGUUCAUCAUUUUCAUAAAAACUGGCAAGAGCAACCUAAAACAUUUGAAAAUGGAAUGCGGUGUAUUAACUUACUAGAAGCUUCAAACUGAUUAAUACAAAGUCACGGUGAAAAGAAUUGGUUUUAAUGUUAACUGCAAUUUUAAUUAUAAACUAUUCAUCAUGGACAAUAUUGCAAAAAUA